GUGUGUGAGAAGUCAGUGGGAGCGCUGACAGUGCGCGGGGAUGGAUGUUUAGGCUCGGUAAAGCUGCGGGGAGUUACAGGCGGGACUCUGGCGGGUUCUGGAGGAGUUUAGCGGCGGGGCUGGAGCUGGAGGUGUGAAGCUGGUAUCGGUGCCUUUUUGGGAUUUGUCCAAUCACAGAGCUGCAUGUGUGAGGCUCCACCCAGCUAUGGAACCCUGGCCUAUAGUGGCCUGGGUCCUAACGCUGACUUUCAUCGCUGAUUGGCUACAAACUGUCCAGUCGAGGGACUUCACAGAAAAGGACAUUAUUUUCCUCCAUCCCUCCACAACUCCAUACCCAGGAGGGUUCAAGUGCUUCACAUGUGAGGAAGCUUCUGACAAUUACGAAUGCAAUCGCUGGGCACCGGAUCUGUACUGCCCAAAGGAGAGUAAAUACUGCUACACGAGUCACAAGCUGGACUGGAGUGGGAACACCCUGUCAGUGACCAAAAGCUGUGCGGCCUUGGAGGACUGCGUUGCUACUGGCUGCUCUGAGCUGGACCAUGAAGGAAACAAAGUGUGUGUUGCCUGUUGUGAAGGGAACAUCUGUAACCUGCCUUUGCCUCGGAACGAGACGGACGCCAUAUUUGCCACAACGUCUCCUCUCAGCGGAGGGCAGAGGACUACACUGCAUCCCACAAUGCCACUCUCAUUCCUCAUAUCCACCCUCCUCGUCCUCAGCCAGGGUUAAACGACUGUUGGUUAGGUGGUUGUGAGAGUGUUUUUUUUUUUUUUUUUUUUUUUUUUUUUAACACUGUUUAGAAUGUUAUGAAUACUGCAGAGUUUUUCAACCGAAUCAGCUGCAUCUAGACUUGUGGCAUGUGGACUUUUACUUAUAACACACUUACACUGGCCAAAAGAAUUAACCAACUGACUAUUGGUAAACUUAAAAAAAGUAUUCAGGUUACUUUAAAUUAUAAAUACUUUUUUUUUAGGGCAACGCUUUAUUAAAAGCCAAUGCAGAGUAACUUCAGCAGAUAUCUAUUGGCUUCUAUUAUAAGCGUAUUUUGAGUGAAUACGUUUUAUGUUCAGAGACAUAUUGAAACAUAUUGAGACACCUUGAGAUCUGGUCUAAAAUUUAAAAAACUCUAACUCCUACUCGUAACAACAGCCUUUUUGUGUUAUCACAGCUGUGCUGCAUUCUUUUGGUCUAAAUGAAUAAGAGCAAGCUCAAAAACUAGACCCAGUUCAGAGUGCAACACAGCUCAGUUCAGUUUAAUUGAGUUACAUUUUAUUUAAUGGUUACCUACAUAUAAAAGCUUCAUAGCACAUGUAUAAGCAUUGAGGAAUAUGUUUCUAAAGCAAUACUUUUACAUUUAUAACUGACAUUAAUGCCAGUAGUUUUUGCUUUUUUAAAGUAAAAUGACUUAAAGUAAAUGGGUAUUACUUUAUUUGAAGGGUAUGUACACUGGAGCUUCAAAACACAUUUAUGAGGAUUGAAUAAUGUGUUUAUUAAGCAUUGCUUUAAUGCUUAUGAACAGCUUAUGUUAUGUUAUUACUCGCAACAUGACAUUUUGUAACCAUUGUAUAAAAUAAAUAAGAUUGUAUUGAUACAUUGAUAUAUUGAUACAUUGAUACUAAUCCGAGGGAGAAAAUGCUCCAAGUAAACGAAUCAUCAAUUAAUUUGGACUAGAGAAACCAUGCCCUAAUGUCUGAGUUGCUGUUAUUUUUCCAGUGCAGUGGGCGGGGCUAAUCUACUGUUUCAUUGGUUUGUGAACUUGGUUUGGUUUGUCUCAAUUAGUAUUGUGUGCAACAAAUCAUAAAAAAAAGAAAAUACAUGAUGUCCAUUGUAAUGGACACAGUGUCUGAAAGGGUUAAUAGUAGCAUAUCUGACGGACCAGUGUUGCUCCUGGACUGAACACAGGGAUGUUUCAACAGAAUGCCACACUGUGUUGUUUUUAGCAGGUCUGUUCUGGGCGUGAUAGCGCAUACCUCCCACAAAUGAAGUGUUAUUAUUUUUGGACGACUGAUCAAAUCAAACUGUUGUGAAAAAUACUUUUAUAUGUAGGCCAUUUUUAUAGCAGCUGAUAAUCUGCUUUCGAUGUGAAAUUUAAGCUUUGUAGACGUUUCCCUCAGCAAGUUUCAAUCUCUGCAUGUGAGAAAUUCAGCGUUUUAUUACGAGAAUGAUAGAGGGAGGGGUUUUUUUUUGGGUGGGUUUGCUUACUAGGGGGGAUAUUUAUGGUUCUGCUUUAACAAAACUGUACAGUUGUGUCAUCAAUCAUUAAUGUAGUAUAAUAUUUAUUUUUGUACCAUACAUUUUGUUAUAUUUUGAGUGUGUGUAAACUGUAGGCCACUGUAGGAUGUUUUUAUUUGUUUUCCAUUUACAAACUAAUCACACAAGUAGGCCCAUCACAGUUAUUUUAAGAUUUGCUGUAUUGUAUCUCUUUUUUUUUCAUAUUUUAAUUUUUCCCCAUAUUUUCCGCAGCUAUAAUUCUUUACACUUAUGUAUUUAUAUCACAGCCAACAGUAGAGAUUUUUUAUGAAUCAGCUAAAAUAGUUUGGUGUCAGGAAUCAUAUACUUCUGUGAGACGUUUGGAUGCUCCCUAUUGUGACACCACAAUAGGGAAAUCUUCGUAACACCACCCUGGAACCACCCCUUAACUGUCAACCUCCACCCACUAGAUCAGUUGAAAAAACACCAUUUUGGUCUGCUGGUUGAGAACGUCAUACAGUACGCAGCAGGAUUAAACAGCAGACUUCAUCUGAGGGAGGGAUCUGUACCUACUGUCCUUGGCAAGUCAGCAGAUGACAGUGGGGAAAGUAAUUAUCAACAAUAUCAACAAAAAAAUCCAGAAAGAAACCAGAAAGUAUUUGAUUUCCUACCAAUUAGUAGGAAAAAUUCUGCCCCCCCCCCCAGACCAGUUAUGUGCUCAGUUAUGGGCUUAUGUACUGUAAAAUCUCCAAUUAACCUCCUGACUUCAGCCAAAACACAGAAUGACGGUCAUGGAUGGGUCAUCCAGCAUGACAAUGACCCAAAAUAUAUGGCAAAAGUAACAAAGGGUUUUCCUGCUGUAUGUGUACAUCAUUUUCUUUUUCUUGUCUUUUUCUGAGCAGAAAGCCUCUCAACUAGCAAAGCAAUAGGUUUCCGUUCAUCUUCCAUGUUUCUUUACAUUUAGUUUGUGAGAAACUCCCAUCUGCUUUUGUGAUGUAACAGUUUAUGGGAAAAUCCUGUGGCAUCGGCCAGGCAUUACUCAAUCAGCAGCAAAUAAAAAAAAAAUCACAGAGAAGCUACAUGCUAAAUAGUAUGAAGUAUGCACAUAACAUCCUGUGCCAUUUACUACCCAAGCUAAUACAGCCUGUUUCAUCACUAGUGGAACACAAAAAUAUUUUUUUCAUUCAGGUCAUGCGUUUAUAUCUAGUUUGAAUCUGUCAGUUCUUUACAUAUCAUCAGGAUUUCAUGAUUAAUGGACCAAUAGAAAUGCUCCAAAAUGACUUGGAAAAUCAUUUAAAAUGAACUUAAAUUGUAAAGUUACAUUUGUUCCUCCUUCUAUAAAGUUGUCAUUAUGGAUGUUUUUUGUGUUAUAGCAAUAAUAUAUGUUUUCAUUCCCACAAAAAGACGCACAGAUGCUCCCAAGCAAUAAAUAAAUUACCAGAAAGCAUUACCAGCUGAAACUGUCAUUCUAACUUGAAUGUGCGGAGCUAAAUUGCUGAAUAUCUAAGGUAUAUGUGUAGAUGAGUUGGUUUUUGUGACAUCACAGUGAUCAAACUAGGCCAUAUACAAACAUAAAAUAUAUAUACGUCAUCAAAAAUAAUAGUUGCACCCAGAAGUAAUCAAUCGACAGAAAUUAAACUUGGAAGUUUGAUAUGGUAAAACAUGCAAGAAAUUCAUGCUCUGUUGUGCAGGUCACAUAAAAAAGGAGUGGCAUUAUCUCUAUAUCUGACUUACCUAUAUAAAGAUUGACUGCCACCUUGGGUGGGUGAAUUAGGGCUGCAAUGAUUAGUCAAUAUAAUCAACAUAAUCAAAACAAAAAGAGUCAACCAGUUCACAUUUAGCUCACCAAAAGUAACCAAACACAACAUAUUUUUUUAACAUAUUUUCUGGCGCCACUUUAUAAUAAGUGUGUCUAAUAACUGUGUAAUUACACAUUAACAACCCAUGUAAUAACAGUGUAACUACUCGUGAAAUACAAAUUGGUAAAGAUUUAUUACCGUUUUACACGUUAUGUAAUUGCAGAUGCGCAUUAAUUUUCAUUUUGAUCAAUAGUGCAAGUGUAAUGACAUAUUAUAGUAUAGUAUGUGUGAAUUUCCACAUGUAAUCGUCUGCGUAUGCGCUUAUAUUUCUCCAACAGCUCCAAAUAAAAAUCAGUGAUCAGAUUCUAAUUCAGAUUUUAUGUCUGACACUGGUAUAUGUGUAAUUACAUAACCUGUACAACUAAAAAUAAUCUAUUUGUAACAAUGUGUACUUACUUAGUACUUACACUGUUAUUAUGUGGACUGCUAUUAUAAAUUGGGACCUAUUAUCUCACUAAAUAUAUCAGAACAUUCAGCAUUUCUGAUCAUUUACGGGGCAUUUAAAUCACACGUUCAGCUGUUUCUAUUGGUUUAAAGCAAUGGAGAAAGCUAGGAAUAGGAGGAAGAGGAGUAUCCACAGCAAACAGAGAUGGAGGACAUAGCAGAAAUAAUCGUAGACUAAUUGACUAAUCAGAAAUAUCAAAAAUAACCAUUAUUUAGAGCCCUAGAUUGAAGUAUGUUUGGGUUAUGGUUUCACAGGACACCAUUAGGAACCUCUACAACUCUAUGCUAAGAAGUUUGGCACUUAAAGACACUAAUUUUGUAUUUAUUUCAGGGUGCAACUAUUCUUUUGAUGAUUGAAUAGUAUAUUUGACGUGUUUAUAUUGUUUGUUUUUCUUUUCUUUGAGCACACAGCGAGUCGUUCACAUUCUGAAACUGUCCUAAAGCACUUGUGUACAGAUGUGUGUAUGUUGUGAAUGCAUGUAAACCACUUUUAUUGUCUAUUGUUACAAACAGCAAUGAUCAGUGCCUGUACUCGGUUCUCUGGUGUUCUGCGUUCUGAUUGGUUGUUCUGAAGGUUGUUUGUACUGUCAUUUCUUUCCUGUUCAUUGCUUUUGAUGGUGGUGAAGUGCAGUGUUCGCAGCUACAGUGUUAUUGUUGGUCGGGCUGUUCAGGGUUUGUUCAGGCGAAUUGCCCGGGAUCUGGAGAGAUGAGUCUGUGUUUCCUGUGUUGGUGGAUCUUUAUCUUGUCUCUCGUUCAGUCUGAAAGCCGGGCUGGAGCUGUUUUCUUACCCAUACUGCUGUAAAGCUAUAGCUGUUGCCUCUGUGAGACAUUAAGGGCAUGCAGGUUACCCAGUGGUAACAGAAGGGCUAACCACGUCUAUCAUGUUUUCAGUAGCUCAGGUAAUGAUGGACCACACGCUUCAAAUUAAGGGUGCCAAAAGGGUUCUGUGGUGCGAUGCUGUAGAAGAACUUUCUAAUGGAUCAGAAUGUUCUGACCACUUCAAUGGAUAGAUCAUCACAGAGCAGCUCCAGAUAUUAUCAUUUGGGUGGUGGUGGGCAGAGACUGCACUGGCAUGGUAAGGGUGUAUUAAUAGUGAGUUGUUUCUUAGAUAAGUGGAUCAGGCACAGCAGUGCUGCUGGAGUUUUUAAACACUGUGUCAGUGUCACUGCAGGACUGAGAAUAGUCCACCAAGCAGAAAUAUCCAGCCAACAGCGUCCUUUGAAUGGGUCUUGUGAUCAAUGAUGAAGCACUAGUAGGUGACCAACACAAACUGUACACCUUUUAGCUUUUUUUGUCCCUAAAUUUUGAAAUUUGUUCAAAAUAUCGCCAAAUAAUGUACAUCAUAACCCAGAAUCAUUUUGGUACCUUUAUUAUUGACAGUGCCAGUUCCACAAUGUACAGAAACUGAGUGUAUCUAACAAAAAACAAACAAAUGGAAGUGUGCAAGAGAGUAAGUGUGUGUGUGUGUGUGUCUGUGUCUGUGUGUGUCUGUGUGUGUGUGUCUGUGUGUGUGUGUGUGUGUGUGUGUGUGUGUGUGUGUGUGUGUGUGCGCGUGCUGCAUGCCAACAGGUCUUGUUAAAAUGUAAAUAUUUUUCUUAGGAUCUUUUUGUACGAUUUCUGUAAAUGUCUGUAUAUAAUUUUGGAUACUCUGUGAAUGAAGAUGUUUUUUUAAUCAGUCAUGUUUGCAUUGCUUUAUAGGCUGUUGCUUGUGUCGAACUGAAAACAUUUAAACCUGAAUUUACUACGCUGUGGAAGACUGACAAUAAAACCCAAACCAGCAGAA